AUGGCAGCGCUGAGACAGGAGCAUCGGUAUGGGCUCUCCUGUGGCAAAAUCAACAAAAACACCCCGAAUCAAACUCUUUAUCACGUCAAACUCACUGACACUGCCAUCCGGACCCUCGAAGGCUACCAGAACCUGAAGGCAUCACUAUCAAAUCAGCCAGCGAUUUGCUUCAAGGGGAGCCAGGGGUACGUUAAGAUCCCAGCGCCAACUCCUGAAGCUCCUGAUGGAUUCCGAGUCUUCUCCUUCUACCUUUCCAGUGACAGCAAAGACAAGCCUCAGUCUAGCUUCGACUGCAUUCACCAGUAUGUCUCAGGGGAGGGCAGGGAGCACCUGGAGGGCCAGGGCAGCAUUCAGGAUAAGAUCACAGUUUGUGCCACAGACGACUCCUAUCAGACGACCCGGGAGCGCAUGUCUCAGGUGGAGAAGGACAUCUGGAGCCGCUCAGCAAUUGAGAUCAAGCCAGGGCCAAGUAAGUGCGUGAAGGUCCAGAGGAAGCAGGGUCUGGUAUCAAGCUCAGAUAGCAGCAACAAGCACUCCCCCAGCAACAAGAGAAGUCUGGUUCCCAGCCCUGUGGCACACCGACCCUUGAGGGAUCGCAUCAUUCAUCUCCUGGCCUUAAAGCCCUACAGGAAACCUGAGCUGCUACUGUGGUUGGAGAGGGAGCGGGCCAGUCUAAAGGACAAGGCUGACCUGACCUCAGUACUGGAUGAGGUUGGUAAACUGAACCCUAAAGACCACAGCUACACUCUGAAGGAUGAGCUCCACAGACACGUCCAGAGAGACUGGCCUGGAUAUGCAGAGGAGGAGAAGCAACUCAUCCAUAGACUCCUAAUAAGGUGGAAACUACAGCCACUCCACAGUAGCCAGUUGAAGAGUCCCCAGUCCAACCAGUCAUUCCACAAAACCCCCGGAGACUCUCCUUCGCAUCUCAGCCCUGCCAAGAAUCUCUCUGUGAAACGUCCUUUGCCAUCGGACCCAUCCAACUUUCAGACCCCCAAAAAACAAAGACUAUUAGACCAGUGUUUGCCUUUGCAGUCUCCGUCUCACGGAGACUACGGCACCAAUGGGGCUCGUAGCUCCUCCAGUCAUGGAAACUCUAGAGUACAGAUCAAACUGGAGUUUGACAAACCCAGCAAUCAUCUCCAGGGGAGCCCAAAUGGUCUGUACUCGCCGCACAAACUUAGCGGGUCAUCUACUAUUCCCAAACCGGAGAAAACAGAGCCAGCUCCUACUGAACCCCACCCUAAGCCGCCACACACUGACACAUCCAUUUGCACUGACCAACCGUUCACCAACGGCCAACAUAAAAAGAAGAGGUCCAAAAAGCACAAAGACAAAGAACGAGAGCGCUCAAAACCAGAUUGGAUUGAGACGAGUCCAGAUCUGAAGCAUAACGGAGAAAAUCUCAAAGACCAUGAAGGGGAGAAAACACCUGUCAAUCGAACCUCAGCAGAGGAACUGCCUGAAUAUUUAAUAAAAUACAGCACCAUAACAGCACUGGAGCAGCGGCAAGAGUAUAAGGACGACUUCUGUGCCGAGUACGAUGAAUACAGAGCUCUUCAUGCCCGGAUUGGGGCUAUCACAGAGAUGUUUGUUCAGUUGGGCUCAAAGAUCAACACUCUCUCCCCGGGAACACAAGAGUACAAGCUUAUGGAGUACCAAAUACUACAAAAGUACCGAAAGUAUAAGAAAAAGUUUCCUGGUUAUCGGGAAGAGAAGAAGCGAUGCGAGUACCUCCAUCAGAAACUGUCACAUAUCAAGAGCCUGAUCACAGAUUAUGACCAAACACAGGGACUCUCCUAGUAAACGGCUUCUACCCUCAGCAGGGUGUAAUAUGAUUGGACCAAAAGACUCCUAAUGGACCUAAAGACUGCCCAGCUGGGACCUGGAGUCGCCGAGACACUAUUCACUUUACUCCUCCGAGUGUUAAUGGAAUCGAGGAGCGAGGUUCUUUCUCAAAAGUGGGUGGAGACUACCGACUUGUGAUCAAAUGUUGCCCUUUAACAUUAUGGUUUUUAACUAAGAUUAUUGGCUGGAUUCUGUUCUGCUGUAAAAAAAAAAAAAAAAGAAGGUCCGAUGACGCAGUGAAAGCCAAAUCCAUUUUUCUGAAAUGCAAAGCAGAUGUGAUCCUUCCUGCUUAAUCGCAUUUUUAUUCUAUCCUUUAUCUUGUCAGAACUUUUUUUUCUUUUACAAUGUUGAUUUAUAAAAAAAAUUAAAAGUAUUAAAUUGAUGGUACAAUCAAUCUUAGGGGGAAAGAAAUGCUACUAAAGUCUUUAUAUUUAUCAUACAGAGGAAUCUGUUUAUUUGCUGUUUGCUGAUAGAAAGUCAACACAUUAAAGCACAUCAAUCAUUCAUUAGUAACAGUAAUAAGAUCAGAUAAUGGCAAUAAUAAGGUCACGCCAUUAACAAUGUAUCUCCCUUCGGACCCCAUGCAAACUAAAUUGUAUCAGGACUAAGAAUCUCAAUGUAUCUCUAAAAUGAUCACAAAAUCAAAUGUAAAGCAUAAAUGCAAAGUUCUUUGGGCUGUGAUCAUAAGGAAGUUUACCAUGUAGCUUUCCGCUAACGUCCUGGGUCAUUUCUGAGAAAUGUUAGAAUGCCACAAAACUACUCCUCCCUCUACCUGAAUGCUCGUGCUUUUGCACAUAUGAGUGUCAACUUCACCCACGUGUAGCCUACCACAAACUGCCUUUUCAUUAUCAACUCUCUCAAGUCUUCUGGUUAUAGGUUAAGUGAGACACAGUACACACAGUAAUCACGCUUUAGCUUAGCUGUAGAUGAAUGACUAAAAGCUCUAUGAAACAUAACAUUUCAAAAGCUUACAGGGUAUUUGAUCUUGUUAAUCAAACUUGUCCACACAUUUUUGAUUGACUAUGAUUUUGCUUUGGAUAGAAAGAUUGCAAUAGAGAUGCCUGUGGGUUUGUCACUCAGUUUCUUUGGUUCAGUUGGAUGUAAGGAGCAGGCAGGCCUCUAGAGGCUGCUAGCGGGGCUUUUAGACUCAUUUUAGACAUUCUUGAAUUAUUUGUCCCGAGACAGGUGCAUCUGAAAAACCACAAACUGUCAUUUUAUUUCACCUUAUAAUUAGCUGUAGUCUGAAGUAGGAAGUAGUGAUCAGAUUUCAGUGUUCUCUGGACGUUUGGAUCAACGUAGCUGUGCUCACAACUGUUGUCUUAAUGAUGGCUUAAAAUGGAAGAAUGAAGCUAAUAUUUGCCUUAACAUGCACGUCAGACAUUUCCAAGGUGAUGCUACCCUUGUUGGUUUAACCUGCACAGUUCAAAGCAUUCUCAAGACUUUUUCCUGUAAAUGUCUUUUAGUUUGAAGGAACUUGAGUUACUGGAUAGUUGUUACUGGUUAGUUGUUGUCUUAUCUGUGUUCUUGUUUUUUUCUUCCAUGUACGUCUUAAUCAUUUUCUGUUUCUUUGAGAUAAUCAUGAACUGUUAAGGAAUUUAAUUCACUGUCCCAAUACUAUCAAGCACCACUAUCAAAAGAAAGAAUCAUUGCAGAAAUGUAUACAAAAUAAUGUGCUUUGCUUCUCUUGAUUUCUCAAUGAAAGUACUUAGUGGGCUUAUUGUCACAUAUGUAGCAGCUCUUUUGCUUAAGUUAAAUGUACGUUGUUUUACAUGUGGUUGCUCUGUCUUGGCACAUAUGAACGUUUAAAAGAAAGGAAUAUUUAUGAGCACUGAAUAUUGGAAAAAUGAGAAUUGUAAACCCAGAUUCUGAGCAUCAAAGCUAAAAAUGCUGGAUUUUUAAAGCUCUGCUAGACCAAAGUUUUCUUUAUUUUGGCUGUUUGGAUCUCUUCUCAGGACCAGAGACUCUUUUGUCUUUAGACAAUAUGCAUUUUAUUGAGCUUUAGCAAAUGUGCCACACAGCUCCAGCCAACUUGAGAAAAUAUCUGAUCAGUCAAAAUGACUGAAAAAUACUGUACAUUUUGUUCAGGUACUGGAUCUGGAAAUCAAUGAGGCACAGAUAAACAAAAUUAUUUAUUUGUUAUUUCACAGAAUUUCUCAUUCAAAACAGAAAGGUACUGAAACAGUGUUUUUAAUGAUGGCGGGAUGGAAACGUCCAUAACACCAUUAAGACCUAAAAGUAAUAACAAUUUACAGAAAUAAUUCAAGUUAAGCGCUUCCAAUUUACCACUAAAGGAUUAUUGGUCAAUUGUACAAAACAUAUGAAAUCAAACAAAGUGCACAUCAUGAGCAAAACAUCAGUAUGAAUGAAGAUAAUCGUACCAUUCGUGUAAACAUGUUGUUGGGACACCAGACUCUUGGUGAAAGCGGCCUCUCAAGUGCUAACUGUGAUGUUUUGGUUUUUUUUACUGUUGCAGGAGCUACUACUGAUUGUGCCUUUUUUUUAUUCAAAGAGCAGAGCCACUGUGCAUGUAGCGAUCAUUGGUAUUCUGGAAAAAAGAUUAAAAAAAAAAAGUAGGACCAGCAGUAUUUACACAUCUGUAGUUUCACACUGUUCAACAUGCUUUGUUCAUAUUCUUUUAGAUUAAGUUAAUAUCAGAUGCCGUGUAUAAAGUGUAUUGGCACUGACAUUUUUCCAGACAUUUUAAAAGAAUGCAAGGUUUUUCAGGACACCAAUUAAACUGCAUCUAAUGUUCGCUAUUUGCAAACAUGUGUAUUUGCAAAGAAUGGCCUGGAUUUUGUUUGCAU